AUGGCGGCCCCAGUUAAAGCAUCCUCUGCCUACCACCCAUGUCCUGAAGAGUCCCCGGCUGCGCAUGAUGGCAAGCAUCGUACUCUAGAACGUCUAGCUAACAACAAGAAGAACGACGAUGCAAAGAUAUGUGUAGUUAUGGUUGGCCUUCCGGCUAGGGGAAAGAGCCUUAUCGCCGGGAAAGCGCUACGUUAUCUCUCGUGGAUCGGUAUUCCGGCAAAGAUCUUCAAUGUUGGGCAGUAUCGCCGACAAGAUACUCCUCGGCCUACAGCGGCAUUCUUCGACACUUCUAAUCCAGAUGGGGAACGGUUACGUCGAGCAGCAGCUGAAGCCGCAGUUACAGACAUGCUUCACUGGUUCUCAACGACCGGUGGACAGGUCGCUAUCCUUGAUGCUACAAACUCGACAAAGGAACGCCGCAAGUGGAUCCGUGAUGUGUGCCAGUCUGCUGGGAUCGAGCCGCUCUUUGUUGAAUCCAAGUGUGAUGACCGGGAACUCAUCAUGAACAAUAUCAGAGAAGUCAAAACUACUUCUCCAGACUAUGUUGGACAGGACCCGGAAGUAGCUGCCCAAGAUUUCAUGGAGCGGAUUAGCAAUUAUGAAAAGGUGUACCAAACCAUAGAGGAGGAUGAGGAUGUCUCAUACAUCCAGCUCAUCAAUGUCGGGACAUCCGUGGUGAUCAACAAUAUCAGAGAUUACCUGUCUAGUAGACUCGUAUAUUACACCAUCAACCUUCACAUUAAACCCAGAUCUAUCUGGUUAUCUCGACAUGGAGAGUCUGAGUUUAACCUUUCAGGCCAAAUAGGCGGAGAUGCCAACCUGUCUAGUCGUGGUGAGGCAUAUGCCCGAGCAUUACCCUCUCUUCUCAAAGAAUCCGGUGUUCCCCCCGGGACCAAAAUCGUUAUCUGGACCUCAACAUUGAAACGUACUAUCCAAACUGCCCGUUUCCUCCAGGCUGAAACAGGUUACGACAAACUUGAAUGGAAAGCUCUUGACGAACUCGACUCCGGAGUCUGCGAUGGUCUCACUUACGAAGAAAUUGCAGAAAGAUACCCCGAAGACUUUAAAGCCCGUGACGACGAUAAAUACAACUACCGCUACCGAGGCGGAGAAUCUUACCGUGACGUUGUUAUCCGUCUCGAACCAAUUAUAAUGGAACUCGAACGAAGCGAAAACGUCCUCAUAGUUACUCACCAGGCUGUCCUCCGCUGCAUAUAUUCUUACUUCUUGAACAUGUCUCAAGAACAGAGUCCAUGGAUGGAGGUGCCGCUUCACACGCUGAUAAAGCUUACUCCUCGCGCCUAUGGGACUGAAGAGAAGAGGUUCAAAGCAAACAUCCCUGCCGUCUCGACCUGGCGCGGCAAAGGAUCGUCUGCAAAGCAUCAGGAACCAGCUUGCCAGCCUGUAGCUAAGUAA